AUGAGCGCGAUUGGUACGACUAAUGGCGGUCGGAGCGGCGGAGGGCAGCGGAGGAGGCCGUCCGUUGUGUGGGAAACGGGGGAGGGAACCGGUGCGGAGGGGCGGAAUGCGGUGGGGGAGGGACGGAAUGCUCUAUGGGAGGGGUGGGGUUCACCGGGGGAGGGGCGGAAUGCGCCAGGGGAGGGGCGGAAAUGGACCGCGCGGGAGGGGGAAAGAAGGGGUGGAGCGAAUGCAGUGAGAGGCGCAGUUUGGCGCAGAGGCGCAGUGGAGACGCGGGAGGCGGCGGGGGGAAGAGAGGCGGCAGGGGGUAGGGGGGCGGGAGGGGGGAGAGAGGCGGGAGGGGAAAAGGAGGGAGCAGAGAGAAGAGGAGAUGAAGAGGGGCAGACGGGAACGAGUGAAAGCAGGGUAGCUGCAUGGGCAAGGGGAGAAGAGGGGAGAGGAGGGGGAGGGGCGCAAGGAAUGAGCAGCGACAGCAGAGACGAGAGAGUGAGGCAGCGGAGCAGGGCAGACGGGUGGGUGGGGCCAUCUUGGGAGAAGAGAGGGAAUGGGGAGUCGAGAGCAAUGGGGCCAGAGGGGAGAGUUGGGGGAGGAGGGAGAGGGACUCAACGGGCGAGCAGCAGCAGUCACAGCAGCAGGGUAGACGCGUGGGUGCCUCCCUCUUGGGAAAAGAGAGGGAAUGGGAAUUUGAGAACAAGGGGAGCUGAGGGGGGAGGAGGGGUUGGGGCGGAAAGGACGAGCAGUAGUCGCAGCAGCAGGGUAGACGCGUGGGUGGCUCCUUCCUGGGAGAAGAGAGGGAAACGAGCAUGGUGGAUGGAAGGCGAGGAUGGGGGGAGUGGAGGAGAGGGGGGGAGUGGAGGGGAUGGGGGGAGUGGAGGGGAUGGGGGGAGUGGAGGGGAUGGGGGGAGUGGAGGGGAUGGGGGAGUGGAACGGACGGGAGUACUGCAAGGGACGGGGGACGCUGUAUCAUCAGCCACAGCAGCAGCUGCAGCUGCAGCAGGUGCUGGUGGGUCUUCCAGUGGUGCUGUGGUUGCUGAUACAGCCGUGGUAAGUGCCAGUGGAUUACUGAACGAGCAGUCGCACUCACCAUCCACAGCAGCAGUCGGGGGUUCUACCGAUGGUGCGCCCACAGCAGCAUUUCACGAGCAAUCACAGUUCCCUGACCGACCAGCGGCAGUAGCAGCAGGAGCGGCAGCAGCAGCAGGAGCAGCAGGAGCAGCAGCAGGAGCAGGAGCAGCAGCAGCAGCAGGAACAGCAGCCGCAAAACAAUUGGUGGUGGCUGCAAGUGUUGGUGAUCAACCCACACGAGCACGAGUGGCAUAUCCACCAUUCGACACAGAAGAGCCAGACGCAGCAGAAUCACACGCAGGAGAGCAAGCCGAAUCACGAGCAGCAAUGGUAGCAUCGGCACUGAACACAGCAGAGUCACAUGCAGCAGAUCGUGCUGAGAGCCCGACUCCUUCCCCUGGCAGGGCUUCAAAGGGCGGCGGGCUGGGAGGGCAGUCACGCACACAGGAGCAGCAGUGGCCAUGGGAUGAGGAGGAGGGGGAUAUCCCAUGCGCAGGGAUUACCAGUGUUGCUGAUGACGAUGGUGAUGGUGGUGUUGGUGGUGUUGGUGGUGGUGGUGAUGGUGUUUCCAGUGUGACCCGGAGCAGAGCAGCAGCGGCGGCCACUGACAGUAGCAGCACCAGGAAGAGCGGCAGGAAGAACACUUCUUUCACCAGGGAUGGCAGCAGCAGCAGUAAGAAUGCCCCUCUGGAGUCUGCUAGAAUACCCAGGCUGGAAUUUUCAGGAAACGGUAUACCCUCCUUGCCGUCUCAAAGCAGCAGCAGGAGCGGUAGAAGCAGCAACAGCGGAAGCAGCCUGGAAGUUUCCCGGGACAGCCCCGUGGCGCUCGCGCUGCAGGAGAGGCGCAAGGUGGUGCGGGCGGCGCUGAUGUCAGCGUUUGAGGAGGUGAAGCUGGGGAAGGUGUAUUCCAGGGAGCUUAUGAGGCACCUCCCUGCCUAUAUCGACCAGCUCGUGCUCCAGGUGAGGCUUCAGGUGCCUUUUCAGGCUGUAGCCCUCAAGUCCGAUCCGCACUACACCUUCCACUCCUUCCCCCACCGCGCGGCCAUCGCAGUGCACCGCUCUGCACCGCACCUGCUCGCGCGGUGGCUGAAGCAGACGGCCAAGCAGACCUUCGCCCGCACUGCCGCCCUCAUCACUCUCGCUGCCGCCAUGCAUGCUGAUUCCACUGAUGCUGCUGCUGAUGCUGUUUCUGCUGUGGGGGGAAAUGCCCUUGCCAGACGAGAUGGGCCGCGUGAGGGGGAGGAGCAGGAGCGGCGGAGUGGUGUGGUGUGGGUGCGGGAUUACAUCGAGUGGUUGCACCGAGCAGGGGUGAAGCAUGAUGUGGUGGGCCGCAUCGUUGUCCGCAACCCUGCCAUCCUUGCCACACCGAUCCACGACCUUCAGGUGGGUAGCCCGCACGAGCGGGCAUGGGAGCGGUUGCACCGAUUAGGCGUGAAGCAUGAUGUGGUGGGCCGCAUUGCCGUGCGCAACCCUGCCAUCCUCUUUUGGUUGCACCGGGCAGGCAUGAAGCAUGAUGUGGUGGGCCGCAUUGUCGUGCGCAACCCUGCCAUCCUCGCCACGCCCAUUCAUGACCUUCAGUGGGUGAGGGAUGACAUCAAAUGGUUGCACCGAGCAGGCGUGAAGCAUGAUGUGGUGGGCCGCAUUGCCGUGCGCAACCCUCCUUGCUGCACCCAUCCACCAGCUUCAGAAGGCGUGCGGAGGGAGUGGGUAGGAGUGGUGCUCAGCAAGACGCCAGGCGUGCUGGUGGAAUCUCUUACGGUUUUCUCCUCGCUUACCCAUUUCCCCCCUUCCCUCUCCCGUGUACCUUCCGCCAUGCCUUUCAUCGGGUAUCUCCCUCCUCUCUUCCCCUUGCUCCAGGUCCGAGUAGACUACCUGGUCGACCAAGUGGGUGUGCGGAGGGAGUGGGUAGGAGUGGUGCUCAGCAAGGCGCCAGGCGUGCUGGUGGAUCCAUUUGAGAAGCUUCUAGGAAAGGGGCGGCUGCUGCAUGCUAUGCUUGAGCCGCUGGCAGCGCAGCAGCGGGAGCAGUGGGAGGAGCGGGAGAGGGAGAGGAGGGUGAGAGAGGCGGAAUGGGAGGAGGAGGCAAGGCUGAGGGAGUGGAGGGAGGAGAGGGAGGAAAGCGAGGAGAGGGAGGGAAGGGAAGGAGAGGCAAUGGCAACAACCACAAUCCCAGCAGUAGGAGCAGCUGCAGCAGCAGACAGAAGAGCAGCAGCAGACAGAAGAGCAGCAGCAGACAGAAGAGCAGCAGCAGAUGCAAGUGCAGCAUCACAGAAAAGAGCAGCAGGUGGAGAAUCAGAGUCGCUGGUUCUAUCUCUCCCCCCCCUCGCCUCUCGAGACAUCCCUGCAGCUCUCCGCCUGCCAGACUCCUUCCAGCACCACCCGUUGCCGAAAAGCGUGUGGGAGCUUGCCGGCACAGUGGUGUACAACCACCCUCACGUGAUGAGCGACGAGGAUUUACCGAUGGAGGCACUUGAGGCAAAGUCCAGACGCCUGUCAGCUGCCUUCCAGCGCCGCCCGUUGCCCAAGAGUGUGAGGGAGCUGGCGGGCCCAGUGGUGUGCAGCCACCCUCACGUGAUGAGCAACGAGGAUCUACCCAUGGAGGCACUGCAGGCGAAGUGGCACAGUGGUGUAUGGGAGCUGGCAGGCACAGUGGUGUACAACCACCCUCACGUCGUGAGUGACGAGGAUUUACCCAUGGAGGCACUGCAGGCAAAGAUACGGGAGUCAUGCUGGAGUGGAUGGGGUCCGUCCAGUCUCCUGCUAGCCAGGCUCCUUCCAGCACCACCCAUUGCCUUAACGUGUGGUGGAGCUGGCAUCACAGUGGUGUGCAACCACCCUCACGUGAUGAGCGACGAGGAUGUACUCCUCAUGGAGGCACUGCAGGCGAAGUGGCUGGCACAGUGGCUGGCACAGUGGCUGGCACAGUGGCUGGCACUGUGGCUGGCACAGUGGCUGGCACAGUGGCUGGCACAGUGGCUGGCACAGUGGCUGGCACAGUGUGCUGAUGAGAGAAAUGGAUCUUCAGGUCAAGCUCACAUUCUUCAGUCCUUACGUAUUGUGUGCCAUUGUAACGAGCUCGCAUUCUUCGAAUCGCUCCACAUCAGGGGAGUGGGCCUCGCUAAAGUCAUCGUGCGCCGCCCGCAGUUGCUGAGCAGCUCGCUGGACGCCACGUGGCAGCUGCUGAUUCGCUACCUCUCGCUGUUGGGGCUCACCAACACGCAGAUCGGGGAAAUGGUGGUGCGCCACCCAAAGGUGCUGCAGCUCACCGUGCAGGCGGAUGUCUCUCCUAAGGUAUGGGUGAGGUAUAGGAGAGAUGGUGAGAUGGUGGUGCGCCACCCAAAGGUGCUGCAGCUUACAGUGCAGGCAGACGUGUCUCCCAAGGUUCGCUUCCUCCGGCUGAUCGGGAUUCCCGAGGCAGAUGUAGCGGGAGUUCUGCACCGCUUUCCACCCAUCCUCACCUACAGCCUCGACAAGAAGAUAAGACCACUGGUUCGGUUCCUCGUCACCGAAGCAGGAGUCCCGGACCACGAGGUUUGGAAGGUCGUGGUGGCUCGGCCGGACUUGGUGGCGUGCCAUCUGGACGACAGGCUUCGUCCGCUAGUGCGCUUUCUGCUAUCCAUGGGCGUAGUGAGGGAAGAUGUGGGGAGCAUGGUGGUGCAGUUCCCCCCUCUGCUCAAGUACAAUCCGGCUAUUCUCAAGCCCAAGUGGCGGUAUUUUCAGAGGACCAUGCGGUUGACUGUCGAUCAUCUAGUGGCUUUCCCACGAUUCUUCAGCUAUGCCCUGGACACGCGCAUUGCUCCAAGGCACCGCCUGCUGCAGCAGCAAGGGCUGUCCUUCAGCCUGAGACACAUGCUGUGCUGCUCAGAUGAGCUGUUCUUAGAGCGGGUCAAGUGGGCGCUGCAGGGGAGAGGAGAGGGAGGUGGAGAGGGAAAUGAGGUGGAAGGGAAGAGGAAGGGAAGAGGAAGAAGGGGAGGAAGCAGAGGAGGGAGAGGAGGAAAAGGGGGAAUAGAUGUGGAGGAGAAGGGAGCAAGCGUAGCUUAUUAA